AUGCAUCUCCCAACCCUCAUCGGCGCCUCCCUCCUGGCCACCGCCGCCUCAGCAAAAGACACAAUAUCCUACCCAACAAUCAACCUCGGGACCUUCAGCUACCCGCACGGGAACCAGUUCGUCGCCUGGUCGCCCUUCACGCCGACCACGACGCAGGACGUGGUGGAGCUGUGCGAGAGCAACGGCGCGAUCCACGGCACGGCGACGUGGACGGCGGUGCGUGUGGCCAACACGUACGUGCUGGACCCGAUCUGCCGCAAGCCGUUCAACAUCACCGACGACGCGACCAACACGACGUACUACGACCUCGAGCUGGCGUGUGUCGACGACGACAUCGACAUCCACGCCUUCCCGCAGGUGACGGCCGUCGUGGAGCGCGCGACCAACCGCACGGUCGAGGCGUGCGCGCCUGUGCCGUCGGUCGACCCGUAUCAGUGGUACGGGGCGUGUACGUCGUGCUGCGGCGCGGGGGUUAUGUGGCAGUUUGCUUGCUCCCCUGAGACGGCUGGUGGUGAGUGA